AUGAAGGCCACUUUGAUCGCGUUUGGGACGCGAGGAGAUGUCCAGCCGCUUGUUCUCCUUGCUGCAGGGAUGGCAGCGCGGUCCGACUUAUGGAACGCGGUCGUGUUGGUUACCCACGACGGACACCGUGAGUUCGUGCGGUCUCUGCUGGGAGGCCAAGCCGUCGCUGUCGCUGCCGUGGAUUCACCACCUGUCCUCUGGAAAGGGACGCCGGGAUCCGACGCUGCCGAAACAAGGGCAAACCUCGCACAGCAGAACGGCUGCAUCGAGGCAUGUCAGGGAGCAAACCUGGUCAUCUUCAAUAUGUUCGCCCUUGAAGGAUAUCACGUCAGCGAAGCACUUCGUAUCCCCAGCGCUGUGUGCCACCCUUACUUGAUGACGGCUUCGCCUAUGCCAAGCUCCUUCCCGAAGAGGCUGAGGAGGACCUUUCCCUGCUUGUAUCGCGGUCUUACCCGAGUCCCAAACAAACCAAGGUUAGCGCACAAAGCAGGUUGCGAAGGUGCUGCUACCGCUCCCACUAGCCGCAGCGAGGAGAAAAGUGAGCUGAGCCAGGCAGCUGAAACAAGAAUGGUGCGUUUGGAGACCGCUUGGGACCACGUGGAGCAUUGGAUGUGGCCAUUGUUCACGAACAAGUGGGCCAUUUUCCGGGAACGCUUAGGGCUUACCCCUUGCCCUCUGCAAGAGAACCUAGAGGCGCAACCUUCGGAGCCACGGAGAAAGGGCUUAGCGGUAGCCGACAACGGUUGCCUGAGUUCCUUGAGGAUGAUCGACCCGACAAAACUGCCGUUGGUACUGUACCUUUUCUCGCCCCUCGUAGUGGAUGCGUCACCUUAUUGGCCCGAGAGCGUACGGGUCUGUGGAUAUCUGUUCCCUUCACCAGCUUCAAGGACGCACCCAAAGGGCCGCCGAGCAGGGCUACGAAAUGCAGACCACGGACAAGAACCCACCCAAUCCUCGACCGAGCAACAGCUCGAUCCAACACCUUCUUUUGAUCCCAAUAAGCUGGAAGGGGAGCACGUUCCCGAAAGUGAAAACAGCAAUGCCGCAUUGGAGGAACGCCUGGGCAUUCCGCCAAGCGUGGAGGAUUUUUUGUCCGUGCGAGAGGAUCGGCCAAUAUACGUUGGUUUUGGUUCGAUGUGGGGUAUGUGUGUGCCGGGGUAUCGACUAGCCUUCGCCCUUCGAGUGCUGCUGCUCGGGGCGAGGCAGGCAGGCGGGAGGUGCCUGGUAAAUUUGCCCCAACUGCCCACUGUUGAGAAAAAGGAAACCUUCGAUGACGCAGGGGGGCCGAGCGAGAGUCAGCUUGGAGAGCUCGAAUCCGCCACCGACUGGCUUUGUGAGUUCGCAGCGUCUGCAGGUCGAGAUAAUCUCCUGGUCCAUCACGGGCCUCUUGAUCAUAGCUGUUUUCUGUCACGAUGUUCGUUGGCGAUUCACCACGGAGGAAGCGGGACGACGGCCGCCGUGCUCAGGGCUGGAAUUCCACAUGUGGUCUGCCCUCAGCAACUCGAUCAGUUUUUCUGGGCUGAGCGUGUGCGCUACCUGGCCGUGGGCAGUGUGUUAGAGAGAUCCCUCUUCGUCGGACGCGUACCGGCACCAACUGUACCACCUGGAUCUCUGGUUGGUGAAGCAUCGGCGGCGAUUUUAUCUGCGCUUACACCGCAGGUGAAGCUACGCGCGGCGUGUCUGGGAGUCAAAAUACGCGCGGAGAGCGGCCUCGACAAGGCCCUUGAUUCUUUGUCUCUCUUUAUGAGAAAACAGUCGCCAACACCAGCCGCGCAACACGGCGAAGCAACGAUUGGAUCCGCUAGCACUCAACUCCACAUGGCGACCCCAUCGCCAACAUUAGACCAUGUUUCCACAGGAAAAGGCCGAGCAGUGGAAGAAAAUCUGGGGGGGGGAACGGGCGAGAUUCUUGCAGCAGUGGACAAGGUUGGUGAAUCUCUCCUGAGCGGCGGCGGGAGCGCAGGGAUUUACAAAGACGCUAGCGAGGAAAAUACGGUGUUGCGGGAGAUGCCGAACGGGUUGGCGGUGUGGUGGGGCAGUCGUGCCGAGGAGGAGGCGUUUUUCAUCUAUGGGGAGGUGUUCGAGGACAGGACGUACGCGAGGAUGGACGUCCGGGUGCAAGACGGCGACACUGUCUGGGACGUUGGUGCCAACGUCGGCCUUGCAAGCAUCUUCUUUGAGCUGGAGACAGACACGCCCGAUUCUCUUCGUGUUUUUGCCUUCGAACCCCUGCCCGUCAACAGGUCGGCACUGCAGCGGAAUCUAUCCAAGCACUGUCCUACUGCGGUCAUUCUUGAGUACGCUCUCGGCGCCAAGCACCAGGACAACGUUCUCGCGACCUUCUACCCUCACAUGCCUGGAAACAGCACCCUGAGGCCUCUUGAGAAGGAACGGUUACAGGGUAAGAUGGGGCGGACAACAGGAGGGAAGGCCUCAUCGCGAGGGGAGACGCGCGUCGACGCCUCAAAUGGGACGUUUUUCGACGAUGCUGAGCAGGUGUCGUGCAGUGUGAGGACAGUGUCGUGGGCAAUGGCCGACCUCGGGGUGGACAAGAUCGACUUGCUCAAAAUCGACGUGGAGGGGACCGAAUUUGACGUGCUACGUGGAAUCGAACAACAAGAUUGGCCCAAGAUCAAGCAAGUGGUGGCCGAGGUACAUCCUGUGGGAGACCGCGUCACGCGGGCAUGCGAGCUGCUCCGACGUCAUGGAUAUGGUGUCUCAGUACAGGCGUUGGGACUGGAUGGCACGCCGCUAUCGCCGAGCCCUGGACUGAGCGCCGCUGACAUGGGCAGCGAAGCGGAUGGGACAGGAGCGUCGUCUUAUGCGGGAACGACGGUUAUGCAAGAACAGCGAUCGGGAUUGAGUCAAGGCCAAUCCAAGGCCACCGAAGACGGCAGCAGUAGGGGUGACGGUGGUCAUCAGGGCGCCGGGGCCGAACGGAGUUGCGGGCGGAACAAGGAGGCAUGUGAUGGCGUAGUUUUCAUGGUGUACGCCAAACGGUUAUCGUAGCUGAAUAUGCGCUGCAACUGGGCUUGGAAAUAUGUUGUAAGUAUCGGUGAACUUGUGUGAUUCUAUCCACAGGGACACAAGACCCGCAAUACGAUCUGCAAAGUACGGCACUCCCAAGACUGGCGCAUGCAGUUUGGAAUUAUAUGUUCCCAUUCGACAAGCAAUUGAUCCCGAGUGCAAUCGAAGAAUCUAUUGAAGCGGGCUUGAAGAAGGUUGGGCCAAGAACACUACAGCAACUGAAUACACCACGGUC